CUCACCCAUCUCUUCCACCCACCAAUCCCCGCUCAAAAACCCCCAAAUCCCCUUUUCUCUCAAGCUACUCGGAGCAGGCAGCCAUGUCGGGGCGGGGCAAGGGCGGCAAGGGGCUCGGCAAGGGCGGCGCGAAGCGCCACCGCAAGGUCCUGCGCGACAACAUCCAGGGCAUCACCAAGCCGGCGAUCCGGAGGCUGGCCCGGAGGGGCGGCGUGAAGCGCAUCUCGGGGCUCAUCUACGAGGAGACCCGCGGCGUGCUCAAGAUCUUCCUCGAGAACGUCAUCCGCGACGCCGUCACCUACACCGAGCACGCCCGCCGCAAGACCGUCACCGCCAUGGACGUCGUCUACGCGCUCAAGCGCCAGGGCCGCACCCUGUACGGCUUCGGCGGCUGAAGAGCCGCGGCGCUGGCUGGCCCUGGCGCACCAGCCAUGGCUCGCGGUCAAGAAAGUGGAGAAGAGGAGAAAUCUGUAGUUGAUCUGGGUUCUGUGCCUUCUAUGCUUAGUAGUAGUAUCCUAUGCUUAGUAGUUUGCUUCCGUGUUCUGAACCUGAUGGGCAAAUACUGUGUUUGCCGAGUUAUAUGGUUCGAGAGUUAACAAAACUGUUCUCCAGUUAUGAAUUAUGCUAAUGACGAUGCUGUUCUGCUUUA